CCACAGAUACGAUGUAAGGAGUCCGAACGUCUCGAUCAUGAGGACGAGGAUUCUAAGCAACACACCCCGGAGCAACUGACGGUGGCCCGAGGGAAGCUGCACAAGAUAGAUGUUCAGCCUGUUCAAGGUACACGCUUAAUGGUGUAUGCGCCACGGGAACGUGUCGGACAGCACUCACCUCAAGCAAGGCCCCCAAAGCAACAAGGAUCCCUUUCCCUCCCGGAACCUGAAAGUUGAAUGAGCACGACGGCUUGUGACGCGCAGAAUCGAUACUCACCACAGCGGACGUCCCUUCGGCCACGGGAUUGAUGGCGAACCGGAGGACAGCUGUGAGGGGCUGGAGAACGCGCCUGAUCUUGCUGUCCUGAGAGCGGAAGUCUCCAAAAGACUCCCUGUGCUGGGCCAGAACAGCGCAGAAAUUGUCCACCGUGUCGCAUUGCUUCAGCUCUUCAGCAAACGGCAGCUUAUCCAGCUUCUUCCUAGUGAUCCUCUCGUACUCCUUAAUUGCCUCGGGGAACAACGCCUCCCAAGAAUCGUCCGACGGGGGCAAGCACAAUUUGGUCUGAGAGUUUGCCAUCGGUGAGGAGAGCAAGGGGGUUGUGUGGGAGUGGCGCGAAAUACAGCGACAGCCUCACACCGCAUUCAUCAGAGGCAGAAGCUGUGACGAUGAGCAGCGCAAAGAUUAGAAAUGAGUCUGACUUACAGCAUCAUAGCGCCAAACUCGCAUCCCUGUCAAACCAGCACCCCGUGGACGAUCUCGCGUGAGAACCGCAUCAAUGUCCGUUGUGAGAGAGCCCCCAAGUACGGUCCGCAAGAUUGACCCCGCGCCAACCGCCAAUAGAUCCCAUGCUCUCAGAAGCGAACGCCCUGCAGCUCUAUGCCGCACUUGUGGAGGGGGGAGGGGGGAGUUCCUGCGCACUGCGAGAGGUAGAAGUUGCGCAUGCGACGAGAGACAUCGUAGCAUC